AUGCCUCUUUACGGUCGACGAUUGUUUCAUCUUAAUGAAGAUGAUGUAAAAGAUAAUACUGAACAAGAACAAAUUUAUACUAUUGAACAUACUGGAGAGAAAUUUCAUAGUCGGAAACUAUAUGAAAACGUAAAAAAAGUCUAUGAAUUAGAUCGAUGGACAUGCGAAUGUACAUGGAGAGCAGGUUUAACACAUAAAGAUGCUUCUCAAUCAGAAAUUGAAACAAGAAAAUCAUUAUCAGCUAUUGUACCUAGCUAUUAUCAUAAAAUUAUUUUCGAUAUUGUAUAUCAUAGUGUUAAACCUUUGGAAAAAUUGGCUGAAGAAGCAUCAAUUGUACUUGGCCAAAGUUUUGUUAUUAGUGAACCAGUUCAAUUUAAGAAACGAAAAGAUACUAAUGUCGUGAAAGGUACAAUUGAACGAAUUGAAGAAAAUGAUGAUCAACGCAAACGAACUUCAGAACGUGCAUCUGCUCAAGCAAGACUAAUAUCAGAUAAACCAAUGAAAAAUGUCAAAUAUGCCGUUCGAUUAUCCGAUGAAGAUCGUGUACUUAGUAAUGUGCAACCGAAUGAAUUACAGCGAAGUAGUUUAAUACCUAAUCGUGAAAAAUUGAAAACAUUUAUUCGCUCAUACGCAUUUCGUCUUGGCAAUCGAGCAGAUAGUCCAUGGAUAUUCUAUGAUGAUUUAAUUAAAGGCAAAUACGAAAUUAAAGAACGAAUACCAUCAGAAACUAUUGACGAAUAUAAAAAAACAAUGACCAUUACAUUAGAUGAAAUUAUUCGUGAACAAGAACGUAUUUUACGUAAGCAAACUGAAGAACAAGAGGCUCAAUCAAGUCCAAAUAAAAAUUCCAAUGAAAAUCAUACCAAUUCUUCAUCUCACAAUGGUCAUCUUGAUGACAUUCAAAUAGUACUAUCUGAUGAUGAAAAUAAAUCCAAAAAAAGUCCAAAGAAAAGAGUAAAAUCAGUGCCAACAACACCAAGAAAAUUCUCUCAAACAAAUCCAUCACCGACAAGAAAAUCUCGAUCACCAUCUAAACAAAAAACUCCAACGAAACAAAAGACACCUACGAAAACUAAAAAACAACUGACAUUACAUGAUAUGAAAUUUGCUAAAAAUUCCAACAAUAAUAAUAGUACGAAUAAUCAAUUAUUACAAAAAUCUCCAUCAACAUCUGUAAAAACAUAUAGCAUAGCUGUACCUUAUGCUCUACUACAAAAAUUAGAUAAAACACGUCGUGAUCGUGGUGUAGACUCGAGAGUCUUUCAUCGUCUCGUAUUACAUUGUGCACGCACAUUAAAUGAUAAACAACGUUUACGAUUACCUGAUGAAUAUCGUUCAUUAAUUCAGAGUAAAUAUGAAGAACUGGAAUUAAAACGACGUCUAUCAGAGAUGACUGAACAAGAAAAAAAAGUAUUUCUUCAAACCAAACAAAAACAAAAGCAAUCUGAACCAAAAUCAUGUGAAGAUUUAGAUUUACUUACUUCAAAAGUUCUACCAUCACCAAAACGAAUCGAAUCAUUAACAUCGAUACCAGCACAUUAUGUUGGUGAUCUACUUGUUGUAUGUACAUUUUUUACAUCGUGUCAUUCAUUAUGUUCAUCAUCGCUAACCGAUGAUUUAUCGAAAGCAACGCAACAAUUUUUACGUUCAUUUCGGCAUGACUAUCUAUUAGAAGCUUAUAAAACAUCAUCAACAACAACGUUUUUUAAUUAUUUUAUUGAAUUUUUACAAAUAUUAGUCAAAUUAUUGUUUAAAGAAGACGAAAAUCGUUCAAAUAAUGAUGAUACAAAUACAAAUGAUGAUGAUGAUAAACAACAACAACAACAACAAUUGACUUCUGAUCAACACGAUAUGGAAAUAAAUCAUACAGAACCAAUUGUAAUCGAUGAAGAUAUUGAACAAACUUAUGACACGAAAUUAACUGAUAUACCAUUAACACCAUUUACAUGUCAAGAAUUAACACGUUUAUAUUUAUUAAAAGAAAAGAAUGAAAAUUAUAGAACUAUUUUAGAAAAAUUAGCCAUUGCUGAAACAAAAGAUUUUUCAAUUUCCGAUCAAAUCGAUCUUCUCUUAUUAUUAGUAAAUAUAAUAACAACUAAUAAUGAAAUCAUGUCUGAUUAUUUUGAAUAUUUAACACGUACAAUGUCUGAAACAUAUCGUGAGCGUAAUCAAUUACUAGCUGAACGUCGUAAAGCUCAAGAAGAAGAUAGUAAACAGAAGAAGUUACAAUUGCAAAACGGUGAAAAUGGAAAAGUUUCGCCUAAAAAACAAAAUAAAAUUGGACAAUUAUUGACACCAAAGAAUAGUAUUGGAACAGCCAAUGAUGAAAAUCAUCAAUCGUCACCGUCAACAAUAUAUGACGAUAACGCGGAAAGUGACGACGAUCUUAAAACUGUUACACAACGACGCAGGCAAAUGGUUGCCAUGUCAAAAGAAUUAAAAGAAAAACGUGAACUUGAAGCACAAAAAAUUCACAAUGAACAAAAGCGAGAAUUAGCUAUACAACGUGCUGAACAGGCAUAUCAGGAUGCUCUACUUAAUCUUCAAUUUGGCUUCCGAAUUAAAUCGUUAGGUUUUGAUCGAAAUUAUAAUCGAUAUUGGUUUUUUAAAGGUCACGCUGGUCUAUUUGUUGAAAGAGGUUGGAUUGGUUCUGAAGUAAUUUAUUGUGCUCAAUCUUCUUCAUCUCAAGAUACAUCUCGUUCAUCGUCGAUGAUCAACGGUGAAAAAUUAAUUCCAAAACAUGAAGCAAAUCAAUGGUGGACAUAUGAUAAUGAAAAACUUAUUGAUCAAUUAGUUCAUUCAUUAAAUGAUCGUGGUAUUCGUGAACAUAAUUUAUUAGCAAAUAUUAAAAAGAUUUUGCCAGUUUUGCAUGCAGAAUUCGAGCAAAUAAAAAAAGAGAAAUUUUCAGCUGAAAAUCCAUCUGAAGAAACUACUGCAAAUGCUGAAACAUCUAAUGAUCAACAACAACCACAACAGUCCAAUGAUAUUAUCUUAUCAUUUAAAAAUGAUAUCGAAGAUAUGGAAACACGUUUGCGUCUUGGUUCCUUGGGUGGUUUUAUUAUUAAUGAUAAUCUUGUUGAAUGGCAAACAAAACUAAAACAAUCAACAGAACGUAUAGAUUUAGCUGAAUUACUUAUACAAUUACAACAAAGUGUACCCGAUAAAUUUGCAUCGGGAAUAUUCGGUAUCUAUGAAAAUCAAUUUAAAAAUGCAAAAACUUCAUCGAAAAAGAAAUUCUCCGCUGCUAAAUCGUCGACAGCAAAUCCACAGAGUCUACAAAUAUGGAUGAAUGAUUGUCGAACAUGUAAAACUUAUUCACGUUUAUAUAUACUAAUGAUGAUAUUUGAAAAUUCAAUCGCAUGGAACAAAUCAACAGUCGGACUCAAAUGCAAAAUAUGUCGAAAGAAAAACAAAGAUGAAUAUAUUAUUGUAUGUGAUCAAUGUUGUCUAGGUUAUCAUUUAGAAUGUUUACGUGAUUAUACAACAUAUGAUACGAAAAAUUCUAACAAUGAUUUAUGGUAUUGUCCAGCAUGUCGUCCACAGUCAACAUCAAGACGGCGGAAUCAAAAACAAGAACAAACAAAAACAAAACCUAAUUAUUAUGACACAGAUAUAUACGAUGUGGAUGCUGAUACAACAUCAAAUUUAAGUAGUCAUGAUAAUAAUCAAGAUUUAUUGGAUAUAAAUAGCGAACAAAGUAAUAAUAAUGAUGAAUCAAACGAAGAAUAUUUAUGUUGCGUUUGUUCUGGCGAAACAAGUGAUAAUAAUGAAUUAAUACAAUGUAUACAAUGUCGAAGUUUAUUUCAUUGUCAAUGUCAUGAGCCCCCAUUACGAUGUCCACCAAGAUCAACAACAUGGAUGUGUAAUAGUUGUAGAACGGGUGUUAAUAAUGAAGCACAUCAGUCAACAAGACGAAUACAAACACGUAGACAAGUUACGAUAAAAACACGAGAACAACGAUCACGACCACAACCAAAAAAAUAUAAUGAAACACGUCGAACUGUACGUAAAAAUUAUCGAGAAAUUGAAGAAGAUGAAGAUGAGGAAGAAGAAGAAGAAGAAGAAGAAGAAGCUGAAAUUGAAGAUGAUGACGAAAGUGAUUAUGAAGUAUCAACCAGAAAUCAAGGACGUCCAAAACGUGUUCGUCGAUUAAGUCCAGCAUCAACAAAUGACUCAAUGGAUAAAUCAGAUGACAAUUUUGAUACUCGACCUACGACACGUCGCAGAGUACGAAUAGCACGAUCAUCAUCGUCAUCAUCAUCAUCGACAUCAGUAUCUGAUGAAGAACAGAUAAUGGCAAAUAUAAAUGAUGACGAAAGUGAUAGGGAACAAAAUGAAGAUGAUGAUGAUGAAGACAACGAAGAACAAGAACAAGCAGAGGACGGAAAUAUUGAAGCUAAUUCACCGUCCUCAUAG